AAGGUAUGCCUACUUUAACGUUAAAUUUUUGUCAUCUUUUAAAACAUUAUUUAUUUCCAAGAUGCCUUAUUAUGCAGUAGCACGAGGACGAAUUUCGGGGAUAUUUAUGAAUUGGGCUGAUUGUGAAAGUCAAGUGAAGGGUUUUCCUGGAGCUCGUUACAAAAAGUUCAACACAGCUGCUGAUGCCGAAAAAUUCAUAAUAUCGGAAGGUGGUUCUCAAAAAACCAAUAAUGUUACAAAUGGAAAUAAAAUAGUAAAAGCUAUAAAUUCCCAACAUCAACCUAAAGCUCAGGAAAAGCAGAUAACUGUUAAACCUUCUAGGAAACGAACAAAAACACCUGAAAAUCAAAUCGACACCGACAGCGAUGAAGAUGAUUUAAGCAAUGUCUUAACAAAACAAAUGGACGAUAUUGAAAAAAGGUUGAAAGUUUUUGAAAAAGAUGUAAAUAAAAUAAUAAUGAAAGGUACAAAAUCGACUGAGAAAAAGACAAUGUUAAUUGAUUUACCACAACCAAAGAAACACAAAAGUCGAAAAUUUGAAUUUAAUGAAGAUGACGAUGGUUAUGUACAGGUAUAUACAGAUGGUGCUUGCUCAUCAAAUGGCCGGAAUGGCGCCCGAGCAGGUAUAGGAGUGUAUUGGGGCGAUGGUCACCCACUAAAUGUGAGUGAGCCAGUAACUGGUCGAGCAACCAACAACUGCGGAGAGAUUCAGGCUGCAACUUCCGCUAUAAAAAUUGCCCUUCAGAACAAAGUCAAAAAACUGACGAUAAACACAGAUUCACAGUUUCUAAUCAAUUCUGUCACCAAAUGGAUGCCAGGGUGGAAACGAAAAGGUUGGAAACUGCAAUCUGGUGAACCGGUGAAGAAUGAGAAGGACUUUAAGGAAUUAGACGAAAUUCAGAAUAAAUUACAAAUUAAGUGGGUCUAUGUGGAGGCACACAAAGGAGUCCACGGCAAUGAGAUGGCAGAUCAGCUGGCUAAGGCAGGUGCCAGUAGAUAUGUAAAGUAACAACUACAAUAUAAGUUUAGGUGAUAAUUUAAUAGUUAAUUGUUGAAAUGAAAAUGCUGCAGGUCAGU